AGCGGGAGGCGGGUCCGGGCGAGGAGGAUCCGGCCGAGGCGGGAAGGAGGGCGGCCGGCCGCCCCAUCGCGGGGGGUUUGCCCGGGAGGGAGGCAGGCAGCCAGCGCUUCCCCGCAGGGCUUUCCCCGGGGAUCGAUCUCGCACGGAGCCUCGGCGAUGGGUCCGGUGGGGCUGCAGCUGCUCUCGGGGGCCUGCCUGCUCUUCUCCCUGGGCAUGUUCGGGACUGGCCUGUGAGCGCAUUUUGGGGUUGGGGGCAUUGGUUGUGGGGAGGGGGCAAGCCACGUCAAGGCCUGGGGGUGGGGUGGGUUCUGGUUGGGUCAGGGAUGUGGGGCUGUAUGGGGGGGGGAGGUGGAUCUCCUGCCCUUCUUCCCCAGCAGGUGCCAGGCUCUGCCCCCGAGAUAGACACGUGGGGCUCCCCCAGCGAAAUACCGCCCUGUGCACGUGUGAAUGCGACGUGGCGUGGAGUGUAACACGUAUAUCGGUGGGGCAGAGCUCCAGCGACGUGUCUCUGGGUGAGAGGUGCUGACAAUAACAGUUUUAUGGGGCGGACCUACCAGGAAGUGGGUUGCUAUGGAGCAGGAUAUAUGGGCAAGAGGCUCAGAUUCAGGUCUUUAUUAUUCUAGGUGUUUUCUCUCGCUCCCAACGACUUUUUGGUUCAGUGCCACACUUAUAGUUUAUGUGAGUUAAGGUAUGGGGUGUAUUUUGAUGUGGGGCAGAUAGAUCCAAGGAUGGUGUGGGCAACACAGACUACGUACACAGUUAGAGCACACAUACACACUCCAAUAAUCCUGGGAACUGUAGUUUGCUAAGGGCGCUGGGAAUUGUAGCGCCGUGAGCGGAAACGACGUUUCCCAGAAUCCUUUGGUGCAAGCGGGCGUGCUUUAAAUAUGAAUACAAAAACGGGGUCAGCUGGCGCAGAGCUGGGUAUGUGAGUGGGGGAAACGAGUGUGGGUGGAUCCGACGUUGGGGUGAAGAGAUGUGGGGCAGAGCGGUGGGACGGGUGAUGGAGCUUUGGGCACACAGGCGCCUGGUUGUAAUCAAAUGGGGAACUACGUCAGCCUCCAUGACGACAAGGUAUCCUCUCUCGCCUCUUCUCCAGGUCUGACCUGAAGCAGAUGUUUGCAACCCAGAGUGUGGAGAACAUCCAGUUUCUGCCGUUCCUCACCACCGAUGUCAAGUAUGGCCUGGGACUCUUUGGGGGAGCUCUGCUUAACGUGGUUGUGGAACCUGUGGUCCUCCAAACGUUGAUGGAUUCCACCUCCAACCAUCCCUGCUGGCUGCAGGGGCUGAUGGGAAUUGGAGUCCAACACGAUCUAGAGGGCCGCAGGUUCCCCAUCCCUGCUUUACACCUCUGUAGGUGCAUUUAAUAGGUGAUCCCUGAUUGGUAGGGACCACGUGUGUCUAGGACAGGGGUGGGGAGCGUGGUGGUCCUCCAAAUGCUGCUGGACUCCCAUCACCCCUGACCUUUGGCCAUGCUGGCUGCAGGGGCUGAUGGGAAUUGGAGUCCAACACGAUCUAAAGCAGGGAUCAGCAAACUUUUUCAGCAGGGGGCCAGUCCACUGUCCCUCAGACCUUGGGGGCCGGAUUAUAUUUUGAAAAAUAAAAUUAAAAAUGAACGAAUUCCUAUACCCCACAAAUAACCCAGAGAUGCAUUUUAAAUAAAAGCACACAUUCUACUCAUGUAAAAACACCAGGCAGGACCCACAAAUAACCCAGAGGUGCAUUUUAAAUAAAAGGACAUAUUCUACUCAUGUAAAAACACGCUGAUUCCCCGGACCGUCCGCAGGCCGGAUUUAGGAGGCGAUUGGGCCGGAUCCGGCCCCUGGGCCUUAAUUUGCCUACCCAUGAUCUAGAGGGCUGCAGGUUCCCCAUCCCUACUUUACACCUCUGUAGGUGCAUUUAAUAGGUGAUCCCUGAUUGGUUGGGAUUGCGCAGAGCAGGCUCCUGCUGCAGCGUGUCUUUGGGUGGUCGUUGGGCAAGUCUGCACAAGUGCAGAGGUUUACCCUUUGGGGUUGGAGCUGCAACCUGGGCGAUGUAAACAAGGUUGUAGUGUGAGCUCCGCUAAAACCAGCAAUUGUUCUGCACCAGAUUCCACAGCCUGAAUAAAGCAUAUUUUUCUAUGGCUGCAUGAUUUCUUAUUUUGAUUGAUUCAUACUUUAUUAUUUUUUUAUUAAAGAUUUUCUUGAUUUACAAAAGUAUGUGCAAUGUCUCUCGUAUUUUUUUUUCAUGUAACGUUAAAACAUUUUUAAAAAUACUUUAUUCUGAUUUGCUACUCAUGCAAGACGCUGAAUGAUGAUGAUGGUGAUAAUAAUAAUAAUAAUAAUAGUAAUAAUAAUAAUAAUAAUAAUAGCAAUCUGCCAGAAGAUAGGAAAUGAACAUUUUUCUUCCCCUCUUACAUUAUCUUUAUUAUUAUCAUCAUCAUUAUUAACUUCAUUUGUUGCAUAUCUACUACAAUAAUGUCUUGCGGCAACGUAACAAUACUGGAAAAUGCAUUAUAUUUUAGGGCAUCUAAAAACAACAAGCACUCAAAAUGAUCCCCGGCUGUAUUUCUAACCCCAACUAUUGGGAAUAAUAUUGUAUUCAACAGGUCUUGCAUCUGAGUAGACCUGGUUAGCGCUGUGCUGUAAUUCAAAGAGCAACAGACAGAAACCCCACCUCCCUCUUACCAAGUAUGCAUGAUUGUCCCAUGAGGACUAGAGACUUGACAUCUUACAAAUGCAGCCUGAGGUUCUUGGGACGCAGAGAUCUUGCACCUGGUAGCUUAGGCCAUGCUUCUGCUGCAGGCUAACUUGAGCUCUGGGUGUACAUGAUUGUGAUAUGGCUGUUAGCAGAGAUGCAGUUCCUUUGGCACCCAGACCCCUUCUGAGGUACGUCCUGUGCCAGCUACACUGUGUGAUCUGGAGUUACCGGAAUGGCUGUCCUCGUUAAAAGCAACAACUUUUACCUUCUCUUUCCCCAUCAGUAAUUUGAGCUGGCUGAGUUACGGCUUCCUGAAGGGAGACUGGACUCUCAUCCUCGUCAACGCAGUGGGCGUGACGUUGCAGACUCUCUACAUCUUGGUCUACUUCUACUUCAGCUCCGAGAAGGUGGGUGGGGAUUGUGGCCAAAAUCAGACAUGUUAACCACACUGGAAGAGCCCUGCAGGAUCAGGCCAAAGGCCCAUCUGGUCCAGCAUCUGAACCCUCUCUCCCUGAGAUGCUAGCUUUUUACAUACGGGGAGGACUUUCCUGGCUCGUGAGCCCUGCACCUGCUCAAGUGGUACAGUCCCAGGAAGCCUGUACCAUGUGCCGUUUUGUAAUGAGCGCUCCAAUUGGCUCUUUCCUGGCACCCUCAAGCCUACAUUCAGAGGCUGUUGACUCAAGAGGGCUGGUAUCUUGAAUCAACAACAGGCCACCUUUUGAUGGGCCAUAAAUUUUCCACUGUGCUCCAGCCACGCCUGACUUACUAUCCCUGGGUCACUUGCAGGGCACGGCGGAAGGAUGGAGGGAGACUUCUGUAUUACACACACAAAAUCAGCGUUUUAACAACCAAGUGCCUUGCAUGAUUUUUUUAAUGUAUAUAUUUAAUGUGGAUAAUGUAUAUAAUUAUUAUUCAUUGCACUUCUUAAGUCACUUUUCUGGUGAAACAAUAAACUCAUAGCAGCUUCCAGUAGAAUACGAAAAAUUGAAACCAAGCUAAAAUAUAGCUUGGCUGGUAGCACAUGAAGACUCAAGGUCAUGGGUUCGAGCCUUGCGCUGGGCAAAAAUAUUAUUGCAUUGUGGGGAAGUUGGACUAAAUGGUCCCUUCCAACUUUACAAUUCUAUGAUUCUAUGAAAAGAUAAUAAAAGCUAACAACAUGUAUAGACAUCAAAGGUGGUCUAACACAAUACUAAAAUACGCCAUGAUAUACUGUAUAAAAUUUGCUAAUUUAAAGAAAAUUUUUUACCCGAUCCUUAAAAAUAACUGGUGGUGGUCCCAAGCAUAACUUCCCUGGGGAGAGACAUGAGCGCUUAAGGUGGUUAUGCUACUGCUUUUAAGUAAAGGUUACCAGAUUUUUUUCAAAGAAUCCGGGGACACUUUUUUUAAAAAAGAGGGGGGGGAAUUAUUUUAAAAAUUAGUUAUUUUUCAAAAAAGAAGUAAUAUCUUCUCUUUUGUGGUCUCCUCUGUUGCGCGGCCUUCCUCUGGGCCCCAGCCUGCUCUCUUGGAGUGCUAGCCGCCGUGGAGUAGGCUCGGGCCGGGCCUGGGCAGUCGGUCAGGUGGCCAGGCGCUCUUGCUCCUGGCUCGAUUUGGGUCGUGGGGGGGUCAGCGGUCCCCCCUGUUGACAUGCCGGGUGUCCCCGGUUCUCCCGUGGUAGCGGCAGUCUCAGCAGCCCAGGGCCAGCCUGGUAGCGCAGUUGGCUCUGGCUGGCUUCAGGAGCUGCUCGCUGCCGCGGCGCCCGCCAUUUUGCCUCGCCGGAAGUCCCCAUAUGAUGUCUUGUGCCGUUGAACCAACAACAUUCAUUCCCUACUAAUAAAUCUACAACAUUUAAAUAUAAAUCCGGGGACAUUAAAUGAAAUCCGGGGACGGAUUUUGUCCGGGGACAGAUUUGUAAAUCUGGGGACAGUCCCCGGGGAAUGGGGACAUCUGGUAUCCAUAUUUUAAGUACAUGGUGCAGAUGGAAGCGAGAAAAUAGGAUCCCGAUCUUAUGUAGAAGUCCGGGAUGGGCAGCCUAAUGGUUAGAUUCCAGCUUUCAUCAGCCCCAACCAGUAGGAUCCGUGGUUUGGCAUGAUGGGAGCUGUAGGCCAGCAGUAUCUUAAGGGCUAUCUGUGUCCCAUCCUUAGUUUAAAUAAGGAAUUAUUUAAAUAAUAAUAAAUGGAGUAGAAGUUUAAAUAGUGAGUGUUGUUGAUUCCAAACAACCACCUCCUUUUCUCUUCCCUCGUCUAGCGGUCUGUGCUGUUGAAGACCAUGGGCUUAUUGGCAGUGCUCCUCCUCGGCUAUGGUUACUUCAACCUGCUGGUUCCGGAUGUUUCCGUGCGCCUGACGCGCCUGGGCCUCUUCUGCAGCCUCUUCACCAUCACCAUGUACCUCUCACCACUGGCUGACCUGGUAUGCUACAAAAAAAAGAGAUUGCCAUCCUCAUAAGCUAGCAUAUAGGAGUAAUAUUGCCCUCUCAACAAAGGAGACAGGAUGCAGCCAUUGUGGCCAGUAGCUACUGAUAUUCCCGUUUCCUACUGGAAUCUUCCAGGCCCCUUCUCAAGCCAUCUAAGUGGGCGUCCGUCGGUACAUCUUGUGGGAGUGAGUUCCAUAGGCACCAUGUGAACCUAAGCCCAUAUAAGAAAGAGAUUGGUUGGUAGGCCAGGCCCAAGGCCCAUAAUAGUGCAGUUCUCACACGAUGGCUGACCAGACGCCUCAAUGGGCGUUGCAGUUCUAUUGCUCUACGCAUUUCAGGGCGAACCAGUUUUAAUUGAGGGAAUUCAAAACCAUCAUUUAAAAUCCCCAAGUUUAAAAAAAAAGGGCUGAUUUGAAAUUGUUAAUGGAAACUCAAGAUUGCCGCUGGCACACUGUAUGUUUCCUGAGUGUACAUUUUCAAGUUUUGGGGGUUUUUUCCACCCAGGCAAGCCAAGAGGCAUGAACAGAGUUUCAAGGGCACAUUUUUGCCAAGGAAAAAACACCCCAGAAGGCUGCAAAGCAGGCGUGGCCUGGUGAGAGUUCCAAGGGCCAGAUAGGAAUGUUUAGAGGGCCGCAUUUGACCCCCAAGUCUGAAGUGUGCCCGCCCUCUGGUCAUUCAGUUGACCAAUUAAAUAUAGCAUCCUGGAAACUGUUAUUUGGAAGGGCUAGGAUAUAAACGGAUUAAGGGUGUUGUUGGUUUGUUAAAAAAGAAAUGAAUAAGAUAGGUGAAUUUACGACUAAAUAAGUGCCUGCCCUCAGAUGGCAUAGCCCUAUCAGGCCUAGUCAUCCCCGUGGCUUCAUCCUGUGUUGCGUAACUCUCCGCUUUGGCCCCGAUCCCAUCCCCACCCUGCUUAGCCAUCCAAAACAUUUGCGCACUGCAGCUCAGGUGUCUAGCGAGGCCGCUGCCUUUUCCUGUGAUGAGACAACGGCAGGACCGGAAUCUUCUGGAAGCCAGGCCUGCCUGCCAAGUGGCGGCGUGGCAAGUCCUUCAUUAUUAUUGUUUUCUUAAGGUGAAAAGGAAAUGUCCUUGUUCAGAGGGAAAGAAAGAGAGAGUGAGCAUUCGUGAUCCUGAGAAACAGGAUCAGUUGCAGGAGUUGGGUUGUUGAACGAACACACUGGUCCCAGUUCACGUGGAACUGGGAAGUGUGGUUUGGUACAGGGAUCUGAGAGGAACUAAGGCCUGCAGGCCAAAUCCAGCCUUUAAGAGGUUUUCGUCUUCUUUUUCUGGCCUGCAUGACUUUUCCCAGACUAGAUCUCCAGCUGUUGUUGGACUACAACUCCCAUCAUCCCUUGCUUAGCAGAACUAGUGGUCAAGGAUGGUGGGAAUUGUAGUCCAAAAACAAGCCAGAGACCCAAGUUUGGGAAACCCAGCUCUGGGUGUAGUGGUUAAGAGCAGUGGACUCGUAAUCUGGUGAACUGGGUUCGCUUCCCUGCUCCUCCACAUGCAGCUGCUGGGUGACCUUGGGCCAGUCAUACUUCUCUGAAGUCUCUCAGCCCCACUCACCUCACAGAGGUGUUUGUUGUGGGGGAGGAAGGGAAAGGAGAUUGUUAGCCGCUUUGAGAUUCCUUCGGGUAGUGAUAAAGGGGGAUAUCAAAUCCAAACUCCUCCUCCUCUUCCUCCUUGCUGUACCCUCUCCUCGAGAGCUUUUUCCUGGCGAAAAUGUGUCCUUAAAUAGCAAUUGCCUGCCUGCAUGGGGGAUGCAGGUGUGUGUGUGUCUGUGACUGACAAGAAUAUCACCUGCUGCACAAAGGGAAGAGUCAGACCUGAUACAUAAGAAGCUGCCUUAUAUCACGUCUAUUGGUCCAUCUAGGUCAGUAUUGUCUACUCUGAGUGGCUGGGGAAACUCAGCCAAAUGGGCAGGGUAUAAAUAAAUUAUUAUUACUACUACUACUACUACUACUACUACUACUACUACUACUCCUCUGACUGGCAGCAGCUUUCCAGGGUUUCAGGUUCCGCACCAGCCCUACCUAGGGAUCGAACCUGGGACUUUCAGGUCCUGCUGGCAGGUUUCCCAUCGGGGCAUCUGGUUGGCCACUGCGAGACUGGGAUGGUGGGCCCAGGUGGAAUUGGGGGUCAGGUCCAGCAGCCAGGCUCGUCUUCGGUCCUUAUGGUCCGAGCAGAAUUCAAAGUGUUGGUGCUGACCUUUAAAGCCCUAAACGGCCUCGGUCCUGUAUACCUGAAGGAGCGUCUCCACCCCCAUCAUCCAGCCCGGACACUGAGGUCCAGCGCUGAGAGCCUUCUGGUGGUUCCCUCGCUGCGAGAAGCAAAGCUACAGGGAACCAGGCAGAGGGCCUUCUCGGUAGUGGCGCCCGCCCUGUGGAACGCCCUUCCACCAGAUGUCAGGGCAAUAAACAACUACAGUGGUACCUCGGGUUACAGAUGCUUCAGGUUACAGACACCUCAGCUUACAGACUCCGCUAACCCAGAAAUAGUACCUCGGGUUAAGAACUUUGCCUCAGGAUGAGAACAGAAAUCGCGCGUUGGCAGCGGGAGGCCCCAUUAGCUAAAGUGGUACCUCAGGUUAGGAACAGUUUCAGGUUAAGAACAGACCUCCAGAACGAUUUAAGUUCUUAACCCGAGGUACCACAGUAUUUUACUUUUAAAAGACAACUGAAGGUGGCCCUGUUUAGGGAUGUUUUUAAUGUCUGACGCUGUAUUGUUUUUAAUACUAGAUUGGAAGCCGCCCAGAGUGGCUGGGGAAACCCAGCCAGAUGGGUGGGGUAUAACUAAUAAAUAAUUAUUGUUAUUAUUAUUGGUUCUGACACCUCUGAACCGGACAAUUCUUUGCGUUUUCGCAGGCCAAGAUCGUGAGGAGCCGCUCCACGCAGUGCCUCUCCUUUCCGCUGACGGUCACAACCUUCCUGGCUUCUGCCUCCUGGACCUUGUAUGGAAUUCUGCUUCAGGAUGUUUACAUCGCGGUGAGCAGCGCACGUUUGUGUGCGCCCGAUUUUUGUGCACGUGGAGGUGGCCACAGCAGUGUCCGUUGAACGGUUGUGCCCCCGCCUCUGCCCUCUGAUAAAUCAUGCAGCAUUGAUUUUAAUUAAUUAAAUGGAGAGGCCAGUAAACCACCCUCGGCAGAGAGAAACACGAGAGCGGGUGGUGGUGAUGUAAUUGGAUUUUUUAAAAUCGGUUUUUCUCUCUCUUCCCCCCCCCACCUUCUCCUGGUUGCCCUUCACCUCGUUCCUCCCCAUAUCUCCCUCCCGGGUUAAGAGAUUUUAAGAUGCUGCCUGUCAGAUUUUUGAGUCCACCGAGCGCAGUGUUGUCUGCACUGACUGGCAGCGUCUCUCCAGGGUUUCAGGCAGGGGUCUCUCUCCCAGCCGCCCGCCUGGAGAGGUGCCAUUGGGGACUUUCUGCAAGCAAAGCAGAUGGUCUGCCACUGACCUCCUUUCUGCCUCUUCCAGGUCCCCAACGUGCCAGGCAUAGCCACCAGCCUCAUCCGGUUCUGGCUCUUUUGGCGCUUCCCUCCGGAUCUCAACAAAACCUACAAGUCGCUGCAGGCCUGAGGACCCAGGGGAUGGGCCCUUGGCCAAGGAAGGGGGGAUAGCGCUGAGUCUCGGCUGGGUGUGGCUGCUGCGUCCCAGCUCUCCUUGCGCCCUCAGGAGCCUCCCCCCCGACCAUCCGGACUGCGCAAGUGGACUCCGCGCAGGAACAAUUCCUUCUCCAUCUUGGGCUGUUUGGUGCAGACUGAAAACCAGGGAGCCAGAGCAGGAAAAGGAUGAAGGAACCAACCCACUCUCUGCUGCUUUUCCAGGGUACAACAGUGGCCCUCCGGGUGCUGCUGGACUACAACUCCCAUCAUCCCUGCCCAUUGGCCGUGCUAGCUGAUGGGAGCUGGAGUCCUGGAACAUUGUUGAACUGCAACUUCCAUCAUCCCUGCCCACUGACUGUGCUGGCUAGGGGCUGAUGGGAACGGGAGUCUGUGAACAUUGUUGAACUACAUCUCCCAUCAUCCCUUGCCCAUCGGCCGUGCUGGCUGACGGGAGCUGGAGUCCUGGAACAUUGUUGAACUACAACUCCCAUCAUCCCUGCCCAUUGGCCAUGCUGGCUGAUGGGAGCUGGAGUCCUGGAACAUUGUUGAACUACAACUCCCAUCAUGCCUCACCAUUGGCUGGAGCUGAUGGGAGUUGGGUUCCAGGAGCAUCCUAACUAGCCACCCACGUUCUUCACCCUAGGCCUAGGAGGUGUAAAAAUGGAGACCCCCCUGCUCCCCAAAAAUAAAAUGCUGGGGGCCUCCUCGCUUUAAUGCAUUACUUCCAGAAGGCGACUUUCUCCCCCCGUUCUGCGGACAACUGUUUCUGCCGCCCAAGCAGUGAGGACUUCACAGUUUCCGCCUCCGUCCUCCGGGAGUGCCUUUUGACCAAGUUCUCUCCCCCUGCUUUCCCCUUCGUCUCACUGCCCCACAAACACCCCCUCCGCCCCUGUCUUCUUCCCCCAGUCUCUGGAGCGAUUGCUCGGCUCUGAGCUCCACAAGAGGACUUUCCUAAGAAGCUGUGACUUUCCACACAAAGUGCCUUGUAAUAAACCAGGUUGUUUUCUGGGAGGAGAACGUG